GGUUUAGGCGCAUGUAGAAUUUUUUGUUUUUCUAAAACGAAGGAGUGAUCUCUAGUGAAUAAAUUUCAGUCAUUGAUCGACUUUUAUUAGUUAUAAACGAUUAACCGAAUUUGACAUACGACCGUUCGAAAAUUCAUAUUCAACUUCAUUCAAUUUCGACCUUACCAAGCAAAAAACCAUGGGACCCAGCGAAAUAACUGAUUCAGCAAACGAAGAAGUCCUAUUGGGAGUAUCUAACCCUGAAGCAAAUCAUUUUCAUGUAGUCCAUGUAAGGGAAAUUUCUCACAUCGUUGUCACGAGUAACGCGAGAGAGACAAAACAAGCGUUAAUUCGACGAAAACAACCUUCAAAUGUAUUUCCCGAGAAUCCAAACCAAAAUUAUCUGCUUCAUCAAAGGAGUUCCAAAAAACUUGAACCAAACAGUGAUGAAACUCAACAUGGAGACUAAAAAUGACGUGAUUUCGGUAGAAAGAAAUGAAGCAUUUUAUCAAGAAAAAACCCUGCUGACAAUCCAAUGAGUGAAUGUUCCAGAAAAAGUUAAAAUUUACGGCUGCAUUUUCAAGGUAGUUAUACAUCUUCCCAUCCAAAUUGCAAACUUUUGCACAGAGCAAUACAAAAAAGAUUAUCCGGAAAGAGGGGGAAGAUUACGAAUUCUGCAGGACAUGACGGAUAAACAAAUUUCCUAUGUAGAAGCUGAACAAACGAAGAUCACGUACGACGGAUUCACUUGGAAACACCUCACGAACUUCUGGUCCAAAUGGAACAUCCGAAACCCUCUAAAAACCAUUGCAGAACCUGCAGACAAUAUAUACACAGAGCAACUGGUUUUAAAAGAUUCAUACACGAAUUGCGAACCAUCUUUCUAUCUGAAUUCCUAGCAAACAAACAAUUAAACCCCAUGAAAGAACUGCAAGACUGUGAAAACAAGAAUCACCACAAGAAUCAACAGUGGAGUGUAAAAAAAAUCAAAAAUCCUCAAAACAACACACAAAGUUUAAGAUACUCUUCCAGUAGAGAAGAACUGAGUCAAUGUAUGUUUGAAAAUGAAACCAAAGUGACACUUCUACAAUAAAUUUGGUUAAAACCAGACGAUUCAUUCAAGCUAAAACAGUUAUUGAUGAGAGCCUGGUCUACGAAAUAUUAAAUUUUAGUGGCUUCCUACCGGUCGAAUCGAUUGCAUUAGAUUACCGAAAGGAUUCGAUCGAAUACAUAUCAAGCAAUUCGAGACAAACUAAAAACCCUAUUCAGUUGCUAAAAAAUCUUCCCGGAGAAGUUAUCGUGGGAGGCGACUUGAACGCCCAUCACAAAGAUUGGAAUCCGAUGGCUGAGAACUGCGCGAAAGUUAUUUUAUUGGCAAGUUUAAUUGAGGAUUCCAAUCUCAUAAUCGUAAAUGACGGAAGCCAAGCCUGCCUCACCACUCAAAAUUGAAACAGCUCUGCUAUCGAUAUAUCCUCGGCCACAUCGGGACUUGCGAGAAAAACAUCUUGGUCGGUGAUGGAUCACGAUUUCAUCAUAUGCCAUACUCGUUGAGAUGAAUUUGAGAAUCCAGCUGAAAAUAAGCGAAAUGUUGAGCAGAGUUUUCGGCUCAGAACAAUUACCAGUACGUUGGAGGAUGACGCUAGUUAAACCAAUCAGAAAGCCGCACAGAGACCAGUCUCUUCCUUCCUCAAAAAAGGCAAUCGCUCUGAUGAACGUUCAGCUCAAACUCAUUAACACCAAAGAAUAGUCAUUAUUAAACCUAGCGAAGGUGGCGUGACUUCUGAAAUGAGCGAAACCUUGCACCAGGGGAAUUUUUACAUUAAACCGUAGAAGAUGAAGAAAAAUGCCUGCUGAUUCAAUUUGCGGGUGACUUUGCUCGUGGAAGCAAAUGACCCAAAAACCUUGAAGUCGAAGGUAAAUCACCAGCUCGGAAAACUUAAUCAAGAAAUCAACGAAUUGAACAACAAAAUGCACAGGAGUGAUUUUCACAGGCAAAUAUACCCAAGAAUUCGAAAUCUGACUAUGCUAGGAUUCAAAUCAACAAUACUCACAAAUACCUAGGAUUCAUUUUAGAUAGGCUGCUAGUUUAUAGGAAGAACAUCUAACACAUAGGAAGCGUAGGAGCAGAAACAUUGCCUAUUCUAAAACUUCUUGGAUAACGUCAAAGCGGUGCCAGUCCAGAAUCAUUGGUGAAAAUAGGAAAUACCCUAAGAAGAAGAAGGAUAGAAUAUGGAGCACAAAUCUACGACUCGGCUGCACGAACAAGUAUAGAAAAGCAUCAAACGCUACAGAAAACAUUCUUUCGUCUAUCAAUGCCAAACCUUUCAAAAGUACUCCCAUCCGUGUAAUGCAUGCUGAAACUGGUCAAUUAUGUAAUGGUAAAAAACAGGCUAAUUUUACAGGAUAUAGCAAAAAGUAAAUAUCGCAUAUCGCAAAACUCUCCAUGGAAAUCAAUUACAACCUUACACAGGUUUGCCUCCCGUGAUGCCACAAUUGAGGCUGAACAAUCAGCACAUUCCAUCGAAAUUACCGGAAUGAAUUGGGAAGUGAAAAUUCAAAAUCUUUUUGAUCCAAACGCUUCAAGAACUGUGGAAAUUAUAGAUAAUCGAAAAUAGCUGUUUCAGAAAAUGAAAGAACUUUGAGAAUUUACCACCUACUCUUCAUGACAACGCAACAACAGACGGAUAAGGAAUUUAUAUGAGAAAAUAUAGGAAUAUAUUAACAAAUAGUUCUUCUAUGGCAGUUUGUGGCCUGUGAAGCAACUCCAACAGUUGAUCAGCCGACAGAGACAACCCAAGUAACAAAAUAGGUUAUGACUAAGUUUUUUAGUGCUGUAUACAGCCAAAACAGGAGUGCCGUUUCUGCUUUCGUGGCGAAUAGACGUUGUUUUUUCAGUCAGCUACGACUCGCACUUAACAAUAAACCACACGAAAUACAGUACGGUUCUUUUUUUUUCGGUUCGUUUUGUGCUGUGGUGACAAUAGCCUGCACAUUAGAAGCAGUUCAACUUCUCCGCAGCGGCGGGUGCUGGAUACCACGCUACCAGCACCGAGAAGCAGCUGCUGACACCGAUAGCAGCAGAAGCAAAUCCCCUCUCCUCACCGCCGGGAUCUGGAUACCCCGCUAGCAGUACGGAUCAGCUACUGGAUAGUGAUCAUCCUCUGACAUCCACAAGGUUGCGUGUAGGACACGGCAGCUGAAAAAUAAAACCGACCUGGAUAUUCGGUGAAGUAUUCUGUUUUUAUUAUUUUUAUUCAUUUAUUCUUUGCCCAUUUAUACGAGUGACUUUUUUUAAAUUUUAAUUCAUCUUACUUGGACAAAUUGUUUUUUCAUUUAAUCACUUCAACUUGGUACCCCAUUUAUACACGGUUGUUUACCGUUAGUGUGCGGUAGAGCAUAUUGCUCCCGCAAACAUGAACGACAUGGACAACAUGCAGGUGGAAUUGUUCCUAGAAGUUGAAACGAAUGGAGAUGUGAUUGAAAUAUCACCCCGCAGCUCCCCGCUUCCAUCUCCACUGCCAUCCCCUGCACCUAGUCCACCAAAUCCGAACGUGUUAGCUAACGUUCGUAUAAAAGCUUACCCGGAUGAAUUUAAGGGCCCGUACGCUGUCUACUUCCGGCCCAUAAAGAAACCAUUGAAUGUUUUGCGCAUUGGCAAGGACCUGACAGAACGGUUUUCGGACGUAACCGAAAUCACCAAGGUGAGGCCGAACAAACUUCGAGUUGUCGUGAAUAGCUUGAAGCAAGCAAACGCAAUUGCUUGCUGCGAGCUCUUCACGAGAGAGUAUCGCGUGUACAUCCCUGCCAAGGAUGUGAGAUCGACGGUGUUGUGACCGAAGGGAAUCUCACUGUCGAUGACAUUUUGCGUCAUGGGGUUGGCUGUUUCAAGAACCCAAUGAUGCAAGAUGUAAAGAUAUUGGAUGUCAAGCAAUUGCAUUCAGUGUCCAUCGAUGAAGGAAAGAAGAAAUUCUUUCUUUCGGAUUCCUUUCGGGUAACAUUCGCCGGAUCUGCACUGCCGAACUACAUCCUUUUGCAUAAGGUUCGUCUACCUGUACGCCUGUUUGUACCGCGGGUCAUGCACUGCCAUAACUGCAAGCAGUUAGGUCACACAGCCACCUACUGUUGCAACAAGGCACGCUGCAGCAAGUGCGGAGGCAAUCAUGCUGAGACCACUUGCAGUGAGGAUACUGAAAAGUGUCUUUACUGCGAGGGAACUCGGCAUGACCUUUCGGCAUGUCCCGCGUACAAACAGCGCGAGGAGAAAAUAAAGCGUUCCCUUAAGGAACGAUCAAAGCGCUCUUUUGCAGAAAUGCUUAAGAGGGCUGAGCCACCCUCGACAGGAAACAUCUUUUCCUCUUUGCCAACCGAUGAGGGUACAUCUGACGAUCCCGUCGAAGGGUGUUUUUAUGCCAUGCCAGAAGGAUCUAGGAAGAGGAGAAUAGUAAACUCUCCUAAUCUUUCUCGCAAAGGUCGUAAGAUAACCCCUAGCGGAAUGACCAAUAUACCUACGCAAAAAAGAAGCGGUGAAGAAAAACCGAAGCAAGUACCUCCCGGUUUUAAUUUCAAAUCUAACCAGGAGUACCCACCGCUUCCUGGGACACCAAAAACCCCUCGUGCACCCAUUUCUCGAUCAGAGGAUAAAAAAGAAACAGGGUUUAUAAAUUUCUCUGAUAUUGUGGACUGGAUAUUCAAAACAUUCAACAUAACAGAUCCCCUUAGAAACAUUCUUCUUGCCCUUCUCCCUACAGUGAAAACAUUUUUGAAACAACUAGCAGCAACUUGGCCCCUCAUUUCAGCUAUCAUAUCUUUCGAUGACUAAGACGGCGAAAGAGGUUAGGAGUUUUAUCACUGUAUUACAGUGGAAUUGCAGAAAUAUCAUCCCCAAACUCGAUUUAUUUUCUCAUUUAAUAAACACUUAUAAUUGUGACGCUUUUGCGCUUUGUGAAACUUUUCUAAAUUCAAAUAAUCAACCCAAUUUCCACGAUUUUAACAUAAUCCGUCGAGACCGAGACUCACAUGGUGGAGGGGUACUUUUAGAGAUCAGAAAGUGCUACUCCUUUUUUAGAAUCAACCUCCCUCGGAUCUCGCACAUUGAAGUCGUUGCCAUUCAAACAAAUAUGAAUGGAAAAGACCCUUGCAUUGCUUCGAUAUAUAUUCCUCCAUCCGUGCGGAUUGAACAGAGGCAACUUUCUGACAUAGCAGAAUUGCUUCUCGCACCUUUUUUGAUUUUGGGAGAUUUUAACUCCCACUGUCUGCAAUGGGGAUCGCAAUACGACGACGCCCGAUCUUCUUUAAUUUGUAACUUGAUCAACGACUUCAAUAUGACACUUUUGAAUACUGGGGAAGCGACACGUGUACCUAAUCCUCCAGCACGCGAAAGCGUGCUUGACCUAUCCCUUUGCUCGACAUCACUAGCGUUAGAUUGCCAGUGGAAAGUAAUCAAUGAUCCUCACGGUAGUGAUCAUCUUCCAAUCGUUAUUUCAAUUGCUAAUGGUUCAACUCCCGCGAAUCCUAUCAAUAUGUCAUACGACCUCACACGUAACAUUGAUUGGAAGCGUUAUGAGACUUUCAUAGCGGAAAAUCUCGAGUCUCACGAGGAACUUCCUCCGGAGGAAGAAUACGCGUUCCUUUCUGGCUUGAUCAUCGACGCCGCGACUCAAGCUCAGACGAAACCAAUACCCGGGAUAACAAUUAGACGGCGUCCUCCUACCAAGUGGUGGGACAAAGAGUGCUCUGAACUGUACGCGCGAAGGUCCUCGGCAUAUAAGGACUACCGAAAGUAUGGCUCGGUUAAGCUGCUUCGAAGGUACGAGAUACUGGACAGGCAGAUGAAGAGCUUAAUGAAAGCGAAAAAACGCGGAUACUGGCGGCGGUUCGUAAACGCGUUAUCGAGGGAAACAGCGAUGAGCACUCUUUGGGAUACCGCCAGGCGCAUGCGGAAUCGUAACGUUUCGAAUGAGAGCGAGGAGUAUUCAGAUCGCUGGAUACUCGAUUUUGCCAAAAAGGUCUGCCCGGACUCUGUUCCGGAACAGAAGAUUUUUCGCGACGCGUUUUCAGUAACUACGGAAGAGCCCCCAUUUUCGAUGUUGGAAUUUUCGAUGGCUCUCCUUUCGUGCAACAAUAAAGCUCCAGGGUUGGAUAGAAUAAAAUUCAACUUGUUGAAGAAUCUACCCGAUUCUGCAAAAAGACGCUUGUUGAACUUGUUCAACGAGUUUCUUAAGCUAAACAUUGUUCCGCACGACCGGAGGGAGAUAAAAGUCAUUACUAUUCAAAAACCCGGAAAACCUGCCUCUGAUCACAAUUCUUAUAGGCCAAUUGCUAUGCUCUCUUGCCUCCGGAAAUUAAUGGAGAAAAUGAUCCUCUUACGGUUAGACAAAUGGGUCGAAACAAACGGUUUACUUUCAGAUACUCAAUUUGGCUUUCGCCGGGGCAAAGGAACGAAUGAUUGCCUAGCGUUGCUUUCUACUGAAAUUCAACUCGCCUUCGCUCGAAAAGAGCAAAUGGCUUCUGCAUUCUUGGACAU